AUGGCUACUUUUAUUAGAAAAUUUCGUUAUCAAACAGUACUUUCAAGUUUACUUCAACAAAAUAGACUCAAAGUUUUUUUCGAAGUUGAUCGAUCAGAUAGUGAAGAUAUUCAUCCUCGCUUUUCAGAUACUGCUGAUAAUAAUAACAAAACAUCUAUGAACACUAAUAACGCUGAUGAGGCUACUGAUAUCUUGUUAGCUCCAGUUGAUCCAAAUGAUGUUGAAUGUAAACCUGAUGGUAUAAUUUAUUUGCCUGAAAUUAAGUAUCGUCGUAUAUUGAAUAAAGCAUUUGGACCAGGAGGUUGGGGAUUGGCACCAAGAGGUGAUAAUUCAGUUAGUCCUAGGAUAGUCUCUCGUGAAUAUGCUUUAGUAUGUCAUGGAAGACUUGUUUCCAUUGCUCGUGGUGAAUGUGAAUAUUUUGAUCCUUCAGAUUUAAAUACAGCAGCUGAAGGUGCUAAAAGCAAUGCAUUAAUGAGAUGUUGUAAAGAUCUGGGAUAUUGUGAGGACGUGUUUGUAGAACAUGUUGUAACAACAAAGAGAAGAAAGCAUUGGAAGAGAAAAGAUGCACCUGUAGAUUAUCCAUUUAAAAUUGUCAAUUGA